UGCCACGGCCACCGUGGGCCACCUCUGCCUCCCCGGCCUGAACCUUGGCUCUUGUCUUCUCUUUCCAGCCCAGGCAAGUGGCUGCCUCUUGCUAGGUUCUGCUCGCCCACUUGGUAGCACAGUUAGGCUUAGUGAUCCAGCCCAAGGCAGACAGACAGGGCUCAGACCCUCAGUCCUGCCAUGGAGGACGGGCAGCAGAAGGAGCAGGUGAGGCCCCUGGGCUUCCUCAAGCCCUCCUCCUUGACGAAGGUCGCCGGCCGCUUCAAGGCGCACCAGGACUCCCUGCCCCGGCUGCCCGUGCCCCCGCUCCAGCAGACCCUGGACCAUUACCUGAAGACGCUGCAGCCCAUCGUGAGCGAGGAGGAGUGGGCCCACACCAAGCAGCUGGUGGAGGAGUUCCAGGCUGCAGGGGGCGUGGGAGAGCGCCUGCAGAAGGGGCUGGAGCGCAGGGCCAAGAAGACGGAGAACUGGCUGUCCGAGUGGUGGCUUAAGACGGCCUACCUCCAGUACCGCCAGCCCCUGGUCAUCUACUCCAGCCCCGGCCUGGUGCUGCCCAGGCAGGACUUCGUGGAUCUGCAGGGACAGCUCCGGUUUGCUGCCAAAUUCAUCGAGGGCGUGCUGGAUUUCAAGGCCAUGAUUGACAAUGAGACCCUGCCCGUGGAGUACCUGGGCGGAAAGCCGCUGUGCAUGAACCAGUACUAUCAGAUCCUGUCCUCCUGCCGCGUGCCAGGCCCCAAGCAGGACUCGGUCAUCAACUUCAGCAAGACCAAGAAGCCACCCACUCACAUCACAGUGGUGCACAACUACCAGUUUUUCGAGUUGGACGUGUACCACAGCGAUGGGACGCCCCUCACCGCGGACCAGCUCUUCGUGCAGCUGGAGAAGAUCUGGAACUCAUCGCUGCAGACCAACAAAGAGCCCGUGGGCAUCCUCACCUCCAACCACCGCAACUCCUGGGCCAAGGCGUACAACACCCUCAUCAAAGACAAGGUGAACCGGGAGUCCGUGCGCUCCAUCCAGAAGAGCAUCUUCACCGUGUGCCUGGACGGAGUGAUUCCUCGUGUCUCGGAGGACAUGUACCGCAGCCAGGUGGCCGGCCAGAUGCUGCACGGGGGUGGCAGCAAGCUCAACAGCGGCAACCGCUGGUUCGACAAGACGCUGCAGUUCAUCGUGGCGGAAGAUGGCUCCUGUGGGCUCGUCUAUGAGCAUGCAGCAGCAGAGGGGCCCCCCAUCAUCUCCCUCGUGGACCACGUCAUUGAGUACACGAAGAAGGCCGAGGCUGUGCGCUCUCCAAUGGUGCCCCUGCCCAUGCCCAAGAAGCUGCGGUUCAACAUCACCCCUGAGAUCAAGAACGACAUUGAGAAGGCCAAGCAGAAUCUCGGCAUCAUGAUCCAGGACCUGGACAUGAUCGUGACCGUGUUCCACCACUUUGGGAAGGACUUCCCCAAGUCAGAGAAGCUGAGCCCUGACGCCUUCAUACAGAUGGCGCUGCAGCUGGCCUACUACAGGAUCUACGGGCAGGCAUGUGCCACCUACGAGAGCGCCUCUCUGCGCAUGUUCCACCUGGGCCGCACGGACACCAUCCGCUCAGCCUCCAUGGACUCGCUGAGCUUUGUCAAAGCCAUGGACGACCCCAGUGUGAUGGAGCAACAGAAGGUGGAGCUGCUGCGGAAGGCUGUGCAGGCCCACCGCACCUGCACGGACCGGGCCAUCCGCGGGGAGGCCUUCGACCGGCACCUGCUGGGCCUGAAGCUGCAGGCCAUCGAGGACCUGGUGAGCAUGCCUGAUAUCUUCAUGGACACCUCCUAUGCCAUCGCCAUGCACUUCAACCUCUCCACCAGCCAGGUCCCCUCCAAGACAGACUGCGUCAUGUUCUUUGGACCUGUGGUCCCGGACGGCUAUGGCGUUUGCUAUAACCCCAUGGAGUCGCACAUCAACUUCUCGGUGUCAGCCUACAACAGCUGUGCGGAGACCAACGCCAACCGCAUGGCGCACUACCUGGAGAAGGCACUCCUGGACAUGCGCGCCCUGCUGCAGAGCCACCCCCGGGCCAAGCUCUGAGCCCCAUUCAGCCCGCCAGUGCCAAAGCCAAGCCACCUUCAGAGGGGCCACUUUCCAGGGCUUCCCUCUGCUCCCUCUCCCCCUGGGCCCGCAGAUCCGACCGAGCCAGGGCUGGCACCCCCGUGGGGCCUGCAGGCCCAAGCCAAGUGCCUUCCCUGGGUCAUCCCCAGUGUCCUGGGCUCUGGUCUGAGGCUGAGCAGCACGGAGGCCCAGGCACCGAGUGUGUCGUCCAUGGAGGCCUUCCUCUGGGAAAGGAGCCAGCAGAGUCCAUCCCCCGCUGGGGUGGGAGACGCAGUCCUUUCCUCGAGAACUCAGCUCUGGCCAGGCCCUGCCAUCAGCACAGCUGGCCGGAUCGGUACCUGGGUCCUCAAACGCCCAAGGGCCUAAAGACAGGACUUUCUGGAGGGGGGACCCCAGGCCUCCCUGAGGCUGGGUCAGGGUGUGAGGCGUCCCUGACUGCUGCGGCUCGCUCCUUCCACUCUGUGCCUCCUGAACUCCGCCCUGGCUGUGUGCUACUCCUGCGUGAGGGAAUAAAGGGAAACUUGAUGAA